UAGUCGUUACAUAAGACAGUAGGAUUAUAUAACCUCGAACUGGUGGUAGGCGAUCGGAUUGUGACCCGCACUUCAGUGAUAGCAGGACCUCCACACUGACAACAUGUUGGAAUCCAGAAUUUGCCGGUUGGUUUCGGCCGUCAGCAUAAGGGUUCGCUGUCAAUCUACCGCCACCAGCCCUUCCCCUCAAACUAAUGAAGCAGAGAAGGAGACGACGGGUCUGCAUAAAAUCCAAACAAAAUACACGAAUCCCUUUAGUCUGUUCAAGGAGUGGUAUCAGGAUAACAAAGUACCCAACAAAGUUGUCUCUAAUGCUUUGACGUUCUCUACUUCCAACAGAUCCGGCAAACUGAGCUCCAGAACUCUCAUCUUGAGACGGCUGGACGAAGAUGGCUUCGUCAUCAUGACAGACGGAAGGAGCAGGAAGUGCAAAGAUUUGGAAGAAAAUCCGUAUGCGUCAAUGGUGUUUUUAUGGUUGAACAUGACAGACGGUGUUCUUCUUUCCAGACAGGUACGCGCUGAAGGUCCCGUGAAUCAAUUGACACCAAAGGACAUGGAAGAGCUAUAUGAGGUGGAGCCGCUGUUUUGCAAAAUCAGAGCCCACAUCUGCCACCAAGGUCGACCAGUAGACUGGCAGCAGCAUAAAGAAAACCAUGACAAAGUGCAUCGACUUUGGGAGGAAGGCCAAUACAAUUUAGAUAGACCCGACCACGUUGUCGCUUACAAGUUAGUACCUGAAGGCAUCGAGUUCUACGAGGCCAAUGGAUUAACGAUUGGAGACCGUCUUUUGUACAAGAAACAAGGAAAGGAGUGGGAAGUCACCAGAAUUGCUGCUUAGGAAGAUCAGGCAAAUUAAACAAAUCUUGCAGAAAUACUUCCAUUUUGGAGAAAAUUUGAAAAAGAAAACGAGGAAUAACAAGAACUAAGAAGGACACUUAAAUUUGUAUAUAAAGAUUUGGAUUGCUAUAUAGGAAGAUCAGGCAAUGUAAACAAAUCCGAAAAAGAACUUCCAUUUUGAAGGUAACUUAAAAAAGAAAACGAAGAUUAAAAAGAACUAUGAAGAACACUCUCAAACAUGUUCAUAAAAUUUCGGAUAUAUUUUAGUAAUAAUUAGUUUUACAGUUUUAUUAAGUUGUAUUUUAACUUUCACAAUUUUGAACAAUACUUUAGGGUUUUUGAACAAUAUUAACUUGAUAAUAACAAUAUUCAGAGUGGAUUUAUAGUAUUAUAGGAAAUGAUUAACCUAAUAACUGUUAUAAAAUGUAAUGCAAGAUCUGAUACAACUUCACUUUUUAAGUUCUACAUAACCAAUGUUAAAUUAGUACAGCAUGUUAUAACUCAUUGUGUUAAAUAUUGCUUUUAUCUAACCCAAUAAUUUUUGGAUUAUGAUUUACUUUCGUUAUGUAAAAGUUGUUGAAACUGUUGAUUUAUAAUCAUAAUUAUUUAGCAAAAUAUUCUACAGCUAAUUGUUAGUCUGAUUUUAAGAGCGUAAUUUUCAAUGACAGUCAUAUCCAGUAUUUAAAAAUAACUAACUUUCUUCCUGGAACUAUAUGUUUGAUAGGUAUGGAAUGUGGGAAAUAUCGGUUGAAACCAUUCAGUAAAACUAAAUAAGAUAUGCUAGUCGAAAAUAUUUAGAGUUGAUAGUCAUAAAUCAAUAUAAAGAAUAACCAAUAUUCAAAUAUUGUAAUAAAAUUUAAAGCAUCCCUAAUUGAAGUUUACGUUCUAAUAGAUCACUUUUUUAGCUUCAUUGUUUUCUUGUCAUGCUUCAAUUUAUAAACGGUUAUUGAUUGGUAAGCAUAUCUAUCAUUUACAAUGUAACCCAUUUUUAGAUUAAAACAGUGUAACUAUGCAAACAUAUAAACGUUCAAUUUGGUAGGAUAAAACUGAUUACUGAUUAACAUUUCAAUCAGAUCACAUAUGAUUAGUAUACAUUGAACUCGAGUCAUUGAGUGCCAAUAUUAGCAGAAAAAAGAGUGUUUAUUGAGUCGUUAAAGUGAUCUAGCACAAUUUACAUUUUAUUUUCAACAGCGAAGGUGGAAUGCCAGAUAUUUAUCACAACGUAGUGUGUAGGAUAUUUAAAUAUACUUUUAGUUCUUACUCUGAAGCCGUACUGAAGUUGGGAAGUUAAUAGAAUUUGUUUAAGUUUUUGUAAUUCAUGUAUCUUAUAGAUUGUAUUCAAGAUAACAGGUUUAAAAGUAUUUUGCAGUAUUCUUAGAAUUUCAUUAAUAUUUAUUUUACAAAAAUAAUAUUAAUACCUGUGAAAUUUAAGAUUCACAGCUAUGAUUGAUGUAUUAACUAACUAAAAAUAGAUAGUGAAAACCUGUAUUUGUGUCCUCGUUCCUUAAUGUAUGCAAUGGGAACUAAUAUACAUGAAUUAAUUUAUUACAAAUAACGAUUUUAUUUGUUUCAUAAUUUAAUAUAACGUAUCUUAGUUCUUUUAAUGGAUAUUACAGUUUUAACUGCCUCUUUCAUCUUAAUUAGAUGUGUUAGAAGUCCAAAUAUAUAAUAUAACUAAUUAGGGUUUUUUGAAAAUCAAGAAAAUUUUUUUAUUGAAAAAGUUACCAAGGAAAAUGCUGGUAUUUAAUAAUUUAGCAUAAAAAAAAUUCCAUAAAGAGAACAAUUUUCCAUGUAUAUUCCUUUAGUAUUCAAACACAAAAAGUGAACAAGCUAAGGUUUAAUAUUUUUCCACAAAAAUUGGUAUUAUACUAGUAUUUCCUGAAUACAAUUAAUGAUAACUUUUAAUAUAAGAGUUUGAAUAACAAAGGGCAGUCAUACAGUUUAACCUACAUGAGUUGAAAUAUUUAGUCCAAAAAUGUUAGCUUAAGAGAGUUUUGUGUUCAAUUUAUGUUAUAAGUUAAGUUUUAAAUGGUUUGAGAGUCACAUUAACUUUGUAUACUUGAGAUCGCACUUUUAUAACUCUAUAUACAUAAUAUAGCUAGUAAGUUUUUGUAAUUUUGUUUAAUAACACAAUAAAAAGUUAAACUUAA